AUGAGUCCACGACUUGAGAAGCAUUCACCGUCACACGCUGGGCGGUCCCCGUCUCACUCCUCAGAGGAUGGAGGUUCCCGCUUCGCCUUCGUAACCGAGGGCACCUUGGCUGAAGCUCGCAGUCAUGCAAUGCGGGAGCACUGGAGACAGCGCCAACGGCGCAAGCAAAAAUCAGAAGAUCGCCGAACCCAGAGGAAAAUAUUGCCUCACACAAGCCCCGUGGAGAAUAGUAAACCGAAGCCAAACCGCGCUUCUGAACCAGUAGUUGACUAUGAGUGUACCGAGGAUGUGUUCCUGCUGCACCAGCCCAGUCCGACUCGUAUAAAAACCAGAUCCUCAGAUUACGGCGAAGAAAACACCGAAGCCCAGCAUGCUGGGGUGCCAAUACAGGCCUUAACCGGACUCAACCACGCCCUCGCGUCUUCCAGGCUCGACCCCUUCGAGAUGUUUCCGGUUCAACUGACAAGUAAACAUCACAAAUUGCUCCAUCACUGGCUAAUUACCCACGCGACUAUGAUGUUCGAAGAUGUCGCCAUUCCGAGCUUCAACCCGAUGAAAGAUGUUUGGUUCCCACUGGAUCUCUCCAACGCUGCUUCUUUCUAUGGUAUCAUGGCCCACUCAGCAGCUCAUCUGGACCAUCUCUACGCGGGAAUGAACCCUUCAAAAGGAACCGUCUCUACCGAUGCGUUGAAGUAUAAAUCAGAGGCAGUGAGCAUACUCUCUACAUGGAUGGCCGACCCAGAGAAAUCGCUGAGUAACGAUGCCUUUGCUGCUAGAUACUGGGGGACGGAAGAGGAGUGGAUGGUGCAUCGCACUGGCCUUCAAAGAAUGAUUGACGCACGGGGUGGUAUUGAUAAACUGCACGAUAAUUGGCGGCUGGAGCUUGUUGUUUAUCUUGUCUCCUUAAUGUCCAAACCAACGUGGUUCGCGUCGUCGAACAACAUAUCAGAAAUAUCCGAACAGUCCUUCCACAAUGCAGCGAAAGCAGCAUUGGUGGAUACACAGAAAGUCCGCUGCCUAUGGCUGAUAUCAUUCAUCCAGGACAUGCGAACUCUCAUGGCAUUUUCAUCUCGGCUAUAUAUGGACGGUCUUGCGUCUUACCCCUCUCUGUACGAUGCCGUUUUACUCCUACGGUCGAAUUUCCACCUAGCCAACGAGAGUCCUCCCCAGACUGCCAGUUUUCCCUCCGACUACGAUAGACUGGCUUGCCUAUUCUCCAUCUGCAUAACGAUGCAAGAAUCCAUAUCCCGCUCGCCAGUCACGGCAGCGUUACCCGCGCCUGAGAUUUAUAACGACAUGGCAUUACUGGACGUGGCUCUUGCAACCUCGCGAAACGUAUGGGAAACAUCGGUAUACAGUCUGCGUGCAUUCCUGCAUCACCACUUCGUGACAUAUCACCCAGACGGAGCCGCGAAAAUCGACUAUGUCAUGAAGAUGACGGACGUUCUGGGCCAUCUGAGUCUUGAGGCACGUAGGGGUGUCGAAAAGUGUCUUUUGAAUAUGCUGUGUCGUGCACGGGAUGGCAAGCUAUUUUUCUUAGCUGAUGAUAGCUGGACUCCUGAUUCGCUGCUGUCGUCUGUGCACGGCCAGUAA